GCAGCUACCUGGAGUGAGUGUCUGUCGGCCGCCCCAACGGGCCUGCGAGAGUGUCUCACCUUUGCUUGGAAUGCGAUCACCUCUGGCAACGGCUCCAAGCAACUCAUUCCAGGCAGUCGUGGGAAGGCAUGACGAAUAGACAGGCGGAGAGAUGUUGAUCUUGUUGUCGCCCUCUAUUUUGUUCCCGGCCACCCAAGGCGUGCAUGUGCGCCUCUUCUGUCAUCCAUCCAUCUCUCUUCCCUUCCUCUGCCUCUUGAUUUUUGUGUUUCCCAUCCACCUAAUAUACUAUUGUUUCCUCUUAUAUUUCCCCCCUAAUUACUAUUGCUCACUUGACACCCUCUCUACUACCAUCUAUACCUUUACAAAAAUAAUAAGGGCCAUCUUACUAUAUACCACGUUCAUUUGUCUUGGUGGGGUAAUCCGGCUUGUUCAGCUUUCAGCUUGGGAUACUACUCUGCGGAAUAGCCUCGCCUUGCUUACACCGGGAAUGGCCUCGUGACUGGCCCACGCCGUCACGGCCACCUGCAACCAACCACAGCAGGGAGAAUUAAUCGCAACACACAUAAUUAACUUACCGUGGGCAGGAUAAUAGCCCAUAUGGGCGCCGGGCAAAACAAAAAGAUCAUUUAAACAUAAUUUGAAAUGGCGGACAUAUCCGCCGCGGUGGAAGAUAUCAAGGACGGCAUCACGGACGCGAGCAAGCGAGUGGCAGCGGCGCUCCCGCUGUGGGUCAUCAUCGUCAUCGUCGUCGUCGGGACGGGGCUCCUCGCGCUGCUGGUUGGCCUGUGCUGCCUGUGCCUAUGCCGGCGGCGCCGUCGGAGGAGGGUGGUGGCCGGAGGGGACACCACCGUCCACGGGUACUCGGACAUGACUGCCGCGGCGCCGCCGUCCGAGGCCGGGGGCAGCCGCAGCAGCGAGGAAGGGGGAGGGCCGGGCGGCCGACACAAGCUUCGCAAGAGGCCGCCGUCCUCGGCCUCGUCGUCUUCCUCCUUUGGGAACGACCGCGACGGUGUUACGGUCACGGUUGACGACAGGGGCGUCGAGGUCGAGGAGGUCGAGGUGGGCCGCGGCGAGCCCGAGUUCCGCAACAUGGCGAUGGCGCCCGCGCGCAAGGCGGGCCUGCUGGCCAUGCCGCCGCUCCUGACGGGGCUGAGGGCGAGCAUCGUGUCGAUGGGCGGCGGGGGCCGGAGGUCGGCCGGGCGGGGUGAAAGUGGCGGGCUGAAUAUCAGCCACGACGGCGCGACCAACAGCAACAACUGGCACCGCAGGCGGACAUCCGAGGCGUGGAUCGACGAUGAUGCGCUGCACGGGCCCGAGGUGAGCCCGACGAAGCGGUCAUCGGCGGCGGCGAGGAGGAGCAGGACCAGGAGGAGGAGCAGGAUCAAGUCGUGGGGUGCGUCGAUCCGUGAGAGCUGGCCGCUCAAGACGCCGAGCCCUACCCUGCCGUUACUGCCGCACUUUGGCAGCUUCACCGGGGGCCAGGGGGCCGACGCCGGGCACGAGAGCUUUGCAAUGUUCCAGUAUGGCAAGGACUGCGACGCCGACGACGCCGCAGGCGACAGUUUCGUGCCCAACCUCCCGCCGCCGCUGGGUGCCGCCGCCAGGCAGCGCAACGGCCAGCUCUCGCCGCCCAGGCAGCUGCCCAAGCCGCCGAGCCAGGCCCUGCUGGCCGCCAACGCGAGCACCGCGGGCCUGAGGCCGGUGAGCAACCUGCCGGGCGUGGCAACGGCGAGCAACUCUCCCCGGGGCAGGGGCCUGAGCUACUACAAGUACGAGGACACCGACCAGCCGGUCAAGCAUUCCGGGUCGCCGUCGCCGCGCUCGAGGGUGCAGCGAGGGGCCGGGGUGGGCACGGGCGUCGUCGGGCCCAGGGGCAGGGCAGCGCCGUCGGCCGACUCGACAAUGACGCAGAUCCUGAAGGACACGGAGAAGAGGCUCCAGGAUGGGGUGGCAACGGGCGUUGCGAUGCGCAACAGGCCCAGCAGCAGCCCGCCAAAGCGCCCGCCGCCUCCUCCGCUCGGGCUCGGGCCGGGCGCCGUGACCGUGGCCUUGGUCCGGUCCCGGUCCCGGUCGCGCACGCCGAGCCCUGCCAAGGCAUCCGGCCGGGCGCACGGCGUGGCGCCCUCACACGCCCGGCAGGGCUCGCAGGCGUCGUUUGCGUCUGAGCCCGACAGCCUGUUCGGCGACCCGUCGCCGCCCUCGUCGCUGCCGUACCACGGCCUGACCAGCCCGAGCCGGUCGAAGCCCUCGCAGCAGUCGUCGCCGCACAGGAGACGGCCGUCCCUGGUCCCGUCCUUCACGAGCAGCGCCUCGUCGCUGUCGACGAUCCACAGCGAGACGGAGGAGGCCAUCACCCCGAACACCACGGCCCCGAACAGCAGCAUACCUUUUGGGAUGAACCAGAUCGAUGGCCUGGGCGACCCGUUCAUGCCGUCCAAGAACUCGACGCCAGCCAGCAAGAAAGCCCCGGGCUCGGUGGGCAGGGACCCUGGGGAGAGGUCAGACAGCCCACUGUCGCCGGUGACUGGGAACAUGCGGUCGCCCGACGCCACGCCGACUCGAGGGGGGAACCGCAACGUGGCGGCCACUCCGAUAUCAGGCCUGUCCCCGACCAAGGUCAGCGACAAGGGCACCCCCGUGCCGCUCUUCAAGCGCCUGAGCGACCUGGCACCGCCGUUCCGCAGCAGGGACGAGACGCCCGGCGUGGUGCGCCCCAGCCCCGCGCUGCGAAAUGCCAAUGCCAGGCUGUCGAGCGUGUAUGACUUCUACGCCGACAUGCCCGAGUCCUCGGGCCAGCAGAAGAACAGCCACAACCUCAACACGGACCCCACCAACAACCGGAGGAGGGCCGGCGGCGGCCAGGCGAGGAUGGUCUCGUCGUCCGCGGCGUCCGUCUCAUCAUCGCUGUACUCGGACACGAGCGCCGCGGAGCGAGAGCGCGAGCGGCAGAACGCGGCCCUCAGCCGCAUCAGCAUGCUCCUGAACCAGGAGAUCGGCCAGCAGCGGGACCCCAGCGGCGGCCAGCCCAAGCCCACGAUGCGCGUCCCCUCCCAGAACUACCACGGAGGAGACGCCCGCGUGUCGGCGACGGUGGCGGCGGUGGCGGAGCUGCGGCGCAUGAACAGCCAGGUCAGCGCGUACAGCACGGCGGCGGCGAGCGCAUACAGCGACACGUCCUCGCUGGCGGCGGCGGCCAACAUCCGGCCCGAGAGCGUGGUGCCGCCGCGGGGAGGGGCGGCGGCGGCGAGGAACUACCUCGCGCUGGGCAGCCCGGUCAAGAGCAGCCCGGACCGCGAGGUCAGGGGGAGGUAUGAGCUGGGUUAUGGGGAGGAGGAGGGGGAUGAUGCAGUCACGCCGACGAGGAAUAACAACAGACGGGUCCUGGGGGUGAGUAGCGAGAGUGGCAGUGAGGACGGGGUGAGUCUGUAUGAUCAGGACGGGUUUUAUAUCACGCCCGCGCGGAGGCACGGGCUGAGGUCUUGACUUGUUUUCCAUGACUUGGAUAGCUAUGAAUAAAAUAAUACUAAAUAAUAAGUAGUUGAGUCCCUGUCACUGGCUUUGGCAGUUCGUGGAUCAUUGAGCUUGG